AUGCCUGGCCUUCGGCGAGUUUUCAGUAAUUUCCUAAAAAGUCAGAAACGGAAAGGCUCUAAGGCCAAACUUCACAGCAAUCAGACAACUCGCAAAAUAAAGAAAUCCCAUGUAUGUCGUGACUGUGGCAAAGCCUUCCCCAAGAAGAGUCGGCUCACUGUCCAUCAGCGAACUCACACUGGGAGGAGUCCCCAUGUGUGCAAGGAGUGUGGAAAAGGGUUCAUCGCAAAGGAUUACCUCACUGUCCAUCAGCGAAUCCAUAAUGGGGAGAGACCCUACGUGUGCAAGGAGUGUGGAAAAGGGUUCGUCACAAAGGGUGAACUCACGGUCCAUGAGCGAACUCACACUGGAGAGAGACCACAUGUGUGCAAGGAGUGUGGAAAAGGAUUCAUCACAAAGGGUCAGCUCACUAUCCAUCAACGCACACACACUGGGGAGAGGCCCUAUGUGUGCAAAGAGUGUGGGAAAGGCUUCACCAGGAGGAUUCGCCUCACUUUCCAUCAGCAAACUCAUACUGGGGAGAGUCCCAGUGUGUGCAAGGAGUGUGGAAAAAGGUUCCUCACGGAGGGAUACCUCACUGUGCAUCAGCGAAUUCAUAAUGGGGAGAGACCCUAUGUGUGUAAGGAGUGUGGGAAAAGCUUCAUCAAAAAGGGUGUACUCACAGUCCACCAGCGAACUCACACUGGAGAGAAACCCUACAUUUGCCGGGAGUGUGGGAAAGGUUUCUCCAGCAGGAGUCACCUCACUGUCCACAAGCGAACUCACACUGGAGAGAAACCCUACAUUUGCCGGGAGUGUGGGAAAGGUUUCUCCAGCAGGAGUCACCUCACUGUCCACAAGCGAACUCACACUGGAGAGAAACCCUAUAUGUGUAAGGUGUGUGGAAAAGGGUUCACCACCAAGGAUUACCUCACUGUCCAUCAGCGAAUCCAUAACGGGGAGAGACCCUAUGAGUGCAGGGAGUGUGGAAAAGGCUUCAUCAUAAAGAGUUACCUCACGGUCCAUCAGCGAACUCACACUGGAGAGAGACCCUAUGUGUGCAUGGAGUGUGGAAAGGGCUUCAUCAUGAAGGGUAACCUCACUGUCCACCAACGAACACAUACUGGAGAGAACCCCUAUGUCUGCAAGGAGUGUGGGAAAGGGUUCAUCAUGAAGGGUCACCUCACUGCCCAUCAGAGAGCUCACACUGGGGACAGACCUUAUAUAUGCCAGGAGUGUGGAAAAGGCUUCACAAGGAGAGCUCCUGCAGGACCCCGACUGCUUGCAGUCCCAGUGAUGACCACCUCACAGCCCAUAGUGGACAGAGUCCCAGCCCACACCAAAACUCCGUGA